ACAAGAAGAUGGCCACAACUGAACGUUCUCUGGAAGAAACAUCAACAUGGGCUCUAUCAAUCGUUUGUUUCUUCUUGUUUCUCAUAACUUUCAUAAUUGACACCACCAUUCACUAUAUUUCAAAGUUCCUGAGAAGAAGGAAGAGAAAAUCCCUCAGUAUAGCUUUGGAGAAGAUCAAAACAGAGAUGAUGACAAUGGGUUUCAUAUUGGUCCUUCUUACGGUAUCCGAAGCACCCAUAUCAAACAUCUGUGUCGCUGAAUCUGUCGCAAACUCCUUUCUUCCUUGCAAAGAUCCUGCGUCGUUCGUGGAACCAGCUGUUUCUUCUGCAGCUCAAAUUACAGGCUCCGAAUCAAACACAACUCUUUUCAAUAAUAAUACAGAUGGUUCCUGUAAAGCAAAGGGAAUGGUGUCCCUGAUUUCAAGGGAAGGAGUUAUGGAGCUCAGAAUCUUCAUCUCUGUGUUGGCAGUGUUUCAUGUUCUGUAUUGUGUUUUAACAAUGUGCCUUGGGAUAGCAAAGAUGAGGAAAUGGAAGGCUUGGGAGGAAGAGACACAUACUCUUGAAUAUCAGAUUGCUAAUGAUCCAAGGAGAUUUCAGCUCACCCGCCAAACAUCUUUUGGGCGAAGACAUUUGAAACUUUGGAGUGAUCAUUCCUUCUUGCUUUGGCCAGUUUGCUUCGUUCGUCAAUUCAGUGGCUCAGCCUCAAAAGCUGAUUAUUUCACUCUUCGCAAUGGGUUCAUUGCGGCCAAUGUUUCUGAAGGAAGUACCUUUGACUUCCAUAGAUUCCUUGCCAGAGCCUUUGAUAAUGAUUUUAAGAAGGUCGUUGAAAUCAGAUUUUGGAUUUGGAUCUUCUGCGUAAUUUUCAUUUUUUUCAGUGCACAUGGAUUUUACAACUACUUUUGGUUACCAUUUAUUCCUCUGGUGAUAGUUCUUGUGGUAGGGACAAAGUUAGAAGUCAUUAUAACCAAAAUGUGUGUGGAGGGUGGCAAGAAUAACUCUGUGACUCGAGGAACCUUUCUUGUUAAGCCCAGUGAUGACUUAUUCUGGUUUCGUCAACCUAAAUUGCUUCUGCACCUCCUCCAGCUCACUCUAAUCCAGAACUCCUUUCAGCUGGCAUUCUUCACCUGGACAUGGUAUGAGUACGGCCUACGAUCUUGCUUCAAUCGAGAAGCGGAGGAUAUUGCCAUUAGGAUUACUAUGGGCGUGGUUGUACAGUUCGUUUGCGGUUAUGUGACUCUUCCUCUUUAUGCACUGGUCAUCCAGAUGGGUUCCGGAAUGAACAAAGCAAUAUUCACAGAACGCGUAGUUAGAGGCCUCAAAGAUUGGCAGCACAAUGCGAGACAAAGUCUUUCCAAGGAUAGAUUCACUUUGACAAGACAUUCAGAAAAUUCAUUUUCGCCUGAUAACAUUGACACAUCAAAUUCAGAAGUGCAAACAAAUCUUUUCCCAUGUAAUGACUUCUUUCCUCCUCUAACAGCUAUGAGCCCCUCUUCAACAAACGAGAUAGUAGAAGAGAGGGUCGAGAGUGAUCAUACUCCUAACCCAGCUAUGAUAAGCAAUCCAAUUCCAGAAAUCAUUGAAGAAGAAGCAAAUGCCAAGAUCAUAACCAAAGAAAGAUAUGAUGGUGAGAUCUCUUUUGGGAGUGGCUGGAAAAAACUGGAAAGGGGAAAUGGCAUCGGGGAAAUUACUUCAAUAAUAGAAGAAGAUACAUCGAAUGCAGUAUCUGAUUUUGGUGACCAACAUACAAACAUAUCAUAAAGUGUUGAUCCCUUAGUGAAACCAUUUACACCAUACUGCACAGCCAAGAAUAGUGCCAUGUUUAUAAACCUCCUCCCAAUUCGCUUAACAAGCUUUAAAUCUUUUUUGCA